UCGCAAACGUAAACAGAAUGCUUUAUUGAAAUGCACAUGGGUAUAUUUAAAUCAACCGUCUCAUUGCAGCGAUAUAUUGGGUUUGAACAGAAUGGUUGAUGGUUCGCCAAAAUGAAUAUGUAUAGUGGACUUCUCCCGCCGGGUCUCACUGAGGCUGAUCUGAGCUCUGAAGAAGAUGCUGAUGUUAAAGCAGAAGACAGAGGAGAUACAGAAACAAACGAGCACCGUUCAUGUCAGUCAGACAGAGAGACACAUUUAUCAAAUAACGUUACUGAUUUGCAAACCGAUCCAGUGGAGGAUGAUUGUCCUCCCGGAGUUUCCCCAGACAAAUGGCAACGGUUUAAAGAUCUCCAGAAAGCGAAAGAUGACCAGAGAGGGAAGCAACCACAAAGAAAACGCCAAAGGAAAAGACGUCAUAAAAAGGGUGGGACCUCAACACAGAACUGCAACACACAGCAGAACAGAAAGUUGGAGGAGGAACGGAAGGAUAACUUGAAGGAGCUCACGCAGUAUUUUGGCAUCAAUGAUAGACUGAAGCCUCCUCCCUGCAACAGGCCGCCUCCCUUGUCAGGCCUGGAAAAGAGCAUAGAGAGUUCCAUCGCUGAAGGGGACUAUGAGAAGGCGGAAGAACUGAGUGACAGACUUGCUACUCGAGAGCUGGGCGUGAAAAUCGCACAAGCCGCAGAUUGUCGCGACUUCGACCGUACCAAACGGGAAGCAGAGGCUUCCCAGGCAGCCCAAAAGAGGACGAAGCAAAUGGCUUGGGGGUUUGAAGCAAAGAGAAGAUGGGAAACCAAAAGCAACAUGGGAUACAUGUGACUUAAUAUUCAACUGCAAUUGAAAUAUUACUAAAAAGAUGCACAGAAUUUUUUUCAGAGUGUAAUACGUUGACAUCAUCAAUUAAUCUCUCUGAAUCAGUGUUUCGGUCAUUCAUUCAGUUUUAUGGGUCACUUUUAAAUUUAGCUUAAUAAAUUCCAUAAACACAC